CUUGCUCUAGUACUCUAUUGGCAAUUAGAAAACCCCUCCAAAACCCUCUCUUCUCCUCUGUCCAUAACCUGCAUAGAAAUCAAAAAAAAAUGCAAGUACUACUAACAAUUCCAGCACCAAGUAACCCACCUUAUCUUCAAACUUUCAAUGACCCAAUUCUACAUUCACCUUCAUCAUUUCACAAUCUCUCUCUUAACUACAAAGUAAAACCAGGUCGAUUAGAAGCAGUUAAAGGAGGAGCUGGGAUAUUCUCUGCAAUUGGGCGUGCAAUUGAAGAAGAUGAGUACAGAAAAGCAAGAGCUGAAGUUCAAAGAAAAGGGUUUGAAAUUGAAGGGUAUUCAAUUGAAGGUAUUUCUGUUGGUGGGCAUGAAACUUGUGUUAUUGUUCCAGAAUUGAAGUGUGCUUUUGAUAUUGGGAGGUGCCCUCUACGUGCUGUUCACCAGAAUUUUGUCUUCAUUACUCAUGCUCAUCUUGAUCAUAUUGGAGGACUACCGAUGUAUGUAGCAACUCGCGCUCUUUAUGGCUUGAAACCACCAACCAUCUUUGUAUCACCAUGCAUUCAAGAUGAUGUAGAGAAGUUAUUCGACAUUCAUAGAUCCAUGGGUCAAGUGGAGCUUGAUUUCGAUUUAGUAGCACUUGAUGUUGGGGAAACAUAUGAAUUACGGAACAAUCUAGUUGUGCGACCAUUCAAGACUCAUCAUGUUAUACCUAGCCAGGGAUAUGUUAUAUACUCGAUUAGAAAAAAGUUGAAGAAGCAGUACAUUCAUUUGAAAGGAAAACAAAUUGAGAAGCUGAAGAAUUCUGGUGUUGAGAUCACAGACACGAUAUUGUCUCCAGAGGUGGCAUUCACAGGAGAUACAACAUCAGAUUUUUUGCUAGAACCACGCAAUGCAGAUGCACUAAGGGCUAAACUUCUUAUUACUGAGGCAACGUUUCUGGAUGAUGGAUUUAGCAUUGAAGAUGCACGCGAGCGUGGUCACACUCAUUUGUUUGAGCUUAUUGAACAUGCCCAAUGGAUUCGAAAUAAAGUUGUUUUACUGACGCAUUUCUCGUCUCGCUAUCAUCUUGAGGAUAUUCGUCAAGCUGUAUCCAAGUUGCAGGCCAAGGUAUCUGCAAAAGUAGUCCCUCUUACAGAAGGCUUUAAGUCGAUGUACUCGUAAACUCGGAAAUGGUUUUGUUUAUAAGGGUAAUGAAAUAAAUAUCCCCAUUGUAAUUAUAAACCUUAGGAUUUCUAAGCAGAUACUGUCCAUUCUCAUUUUGCUGUAAGCUUGAUUUUCUCCUAGUUGUUAGUGGGUUUCGAAAAUAUGCUAGUGGCAUUACUGAGGUAUUCUUCUCUAAAUUUGUAAGUUGGAUAUAUAUGUAUUUUCCAAUAUUACAAAUUUAGAUUUACCUUAUUAUAGCAAACUAAAGAAGUAGUUUUCCAA